GUGUGCAGGGACAAGGCUGACUGCUGUCCCCUGUCCUAGUGCCCCGACCCUCCCUGUCACUGCACCCCAGCCAGGGGGUGUCCCUGGGGGACACUGUCACCCUGCGCUGCCACCUACCCCAGCUGGCUGCCUGGGUUGAGCUCUUCCAGGAUGGACUUUUGAGAUCCUACAAGGACAUGGACAAGCAUCAGGUCAUGGCUGAGUUCUCCUUUGUUUGUGUAAAGCUGGAAGAUGCAAUGAAGUAUUGGUGCCAGUACCGGGUUUUGGAGCCACCGGGAGUAUCAGAGAAGAGUGUCCCCAUCGAAUUGGUGGUGACAGAUCAUCGAUAUUCCCCACCUAACAUUUCCAUCAGCCACGAAAAAAUUGUGGAAGUGGGGACCAAUGUCACCAUCCAGUGUUGCAAUCAGGGCUAUGGGGGCAUCAUCUUCUUGCACAAGGACGGGCACUCAGCCCCUCUCCAGCACCAGGACCCCCGUGGCGGGGGCACAGCCACCUUCAUCCUUGUUGCGGUGACCCCAGCUGACAGUGGCACCUACAGGUGCUCCUAUCACCCCAAGGCCUCCCUCUUUGUGUCCUCACCCCUUGGGGACAGCGUAACGCUGGAGGUGACUCCCACACCUGCACGCCCAGGUGCUGAGUUGGUGUCCCGUGGGAACCUGGUGGUGGCAGUGGUGAGGGGCUGCGCUGCUGUCCUCAUCUUUGGCCUCGGCAUCUUCUUUGUCAUCGAUGCCCGCAGCCUCUGGAUACGGAGAGAUGAGAGUCUGGGUGGGGAAGGGAUUUAAUGGCUUGGAUCUCCUGUACAUCCCCUACACAUCUCCCCAGUCUUUCUCUUCCUCUCCUUCCAUUCUUCUGUAGAAUCCACCAGGUGUACCAUUGGAUCCACGAUACAUUGCCUAUCCAUUCCCCCAGGUGUUCUUUGUCCCCAUUCCAUCACCUAUAAAUCCAACAUGUAUCCCCUGCCUCCCCUUCCAGGCCCUAUAAAUUAUCUAGUCCCAGUCA